UUCUGUCAUAAAGAGAUGUUUACCUUUAACUGUGGAGAGUUGCAAACGUAUUAAUUUGUUGAGGUUGCAGUGCAUAACUUUAUUCAACAAGUAAAAUUGUGAAGGACGUAUUUAAAAUGUUGCACGGAGCUUCGACGCCCUCCAGCGGUUCAUCACUGGUUUGCUUUGCUGAAUGUGAUGCUUGAUUCAGUCAGGGAAGACACGGAACGUCACGUUAAUCUUUCGCGUUAUAAGUAGAGAGUGGAAGUAAAUGUCCAGGUGUUUCGCCAUGUAUGAAUGGAUUAUUUACAAUACGGAAUAUUAAAGUGUUUAAUUGGGACUUUUAUAUAAAUUUACCUGUAGCUACAUGACAGGAAAGUUGGAGGAUUUGUGUGCAAUUGUAUGUAAUUCAAUUUUGGUCAAGGUGAGUGCUCAGGUCUAGUGACGCUUUUUACAGGUGACUCUCGCAUUCAUAUCAUAUGUUCUCUAAGGGUCGUAUUCGGGACUUGUUUCGGGUUUUCUGUGGUUUAUUCUAGCAUUGGUGCAAAUAGAAUUGACAGGAUUUGAUUUUGAGUGAACGGAACGCGCGUCUCAUGAUCGUUUUUCUCCGACUCAAAGGAUCGGGUUGACGUCAAAGCCGCCCGCAUCUCUUAUAAAAAGUGAAAGUAGACUAAAUGUAGCCUACUCAGGAUUCCAAACACUUUACAGGUGACUUCUGUAAACGAGAAAAACAGGAUCUCGGGAACAAUGAGACGUGACACUUGUGCUCUCGGACACUUAUGAUCCAUUCAGCUGAAUUAUUGUGUUUGUUUGUUUGUCAUUUCCAUCCGGAGUCACUGGAGAUCAGGAUCUGUUUCAACUGUUCAGCUUCAUCAUGGACACAGAAGACACAUCCAGAAAUGAAGAUUUUUCUCCAGAAUGCAGUUUAGACCAUCAGAAGAGAUCAGAAUCAGAGCCCAGCUGUGUGUCUGUGAGGAGUGAUGGAUCUUUGAAUAGGCUUGUAAAAUUUAAGACUGGAGAUACACUGACUGAUCUCAGUUUCGUUCAUCAGAAGAGAUCAGAAUCAGAGCCCAGCUGUGUGUCUAUGAAAAGUAAUGACUCUAAGAAGCCUCCAGUACAUUUUAAGUGUGCAGAUACACAGACUAAUCUCAGUUUAGUCCAUCAGAAGAGAGCAGAACCAGAGCCCAGCUGUGUGUCUAUGAGCAGUAAUGAGACUGUAAGUCCUCCACUAUAUUUUAAGAGUGAAUAUACACAGACAGAUGUCAGCCAUGAAGCUCUCAACACAUUUAGAUCCAAUCUGAUGAAGAAGUUUGAGCGUCUGUAUGAGGGAACAGCAAAGCAGGGAAACCCAACACUCCUGAAUGAGAUCUACACAGAGCUGUACAUCACAGAGAGUGAGAGUGGAGAGAUCAGUAAUGAGCACGAGGUGAGACAGAUUGAGACACAAUCCAGGAGAGCAGCAACAGAGGACACACAGAUCAAAUGCAGUGACAUCUUUAGAGCUUUACCUGGACAAGACAAACCCAUCAGAACUGUGCUGACAAAAGGAGUCGCUGGCAUUGGAAAUACAGUCUCUGUGCAGAAGUUCAUCCUGGACUGGGCUGAAGGGAAAGAGAAUCAGGACGUCCAGCUCAUAUUUCCACUUCCUUUCAGAGAGCUCAAUCUGAUGAAGGACAAAACACUCAGUCUAUCAGAUCUUCUUCAUGUCUUUUUUCCUGAAACAAAAGAAAUGGAAAUAUCCAGUGACAAGUAUCAAGUGUUGUUCAUCUUUGAUGGUCUGGACGAGUGUCGUCUGUCUCUGGAUUUUCAGAGCGAUGUUAUGUUGUGUGAUGUAAGUGAAUCAGCAUCAGUGGACGUGCUGCUGAAGAACCUCAUUGUGGGGAAUCUGCUUCCCUCUGCUCUCAUCUGGAUCACCUCCAGACCAGCAGCAGCUGAUCUCGUCCCCUCUGAGUGUGUCCAUCGAGUGACAGAGGUACGAGGCUUCAGUGAGCCACAGAAGGAGGAAUACUUCAGGAAGAGAAUCAGAGAUCAGAGUCUGGCCGAUAGGAUCAUCUCACACCUGAAGUCAUCAAGGAGCCUCUUCAUCAUGUGCCACAUCCCAGUCUUCUGCUGGAUCUCAGCCGCUGUUCUGGAGAAGAUGUUGAGUCAAGCAGAGAGUGGAGAGAUUCCCAAGACUCUCACUCAGAUGUACACACACUUCCUGAUCCUUCAGACCAACAUCAAUCAUGAGAAGGACUAUGAGAAGAAAGUGACAGAUGAAGACAUGAUUCUCAAACUGGGGAAAGUGGCUUUUCAGCAGCUUGUGAAAGGCAAUGUGAUCUUCUAUGAGGAAGACCUGAGAGAGUGUGGCAUUGAUGUGACAGAAGCAUCAGUGUACUCAGGAUUGUGCACUCAGAUCUUCAGAGAGGAGUUUGGCUUGUAUCAGGGGAAAGUCUUCUGCUUUGUUCAUCUGACAGUUCAGGAACAUCUAGCGGCUCUGUAUGUGCACCUCUCCUGUACAAACAACAACAGAAAUGUGUUUAAACCAACCAUCAAACAGAGUUUGAUGUCCAAAGUUCACAAACAAAAUUCAUUUGAUGUUUCAUUAUCUGAGCUGCAUUAGAGAGCUGUAGAUGAGGCUCUACAGAGUAAAAAUGGACAUCUGAAUCUUUUCCUGCGAUUUCUUCUGGGUCUGACAGUGAAAUCUCAUGAGAUUCUCCUACAAGGACUAAUAAAACAAAAUGAAACAAAAAGCAGCUCUGGCAACAAUGAGGAAACAGUCGAGUACAUUAAGAGGAAGAUCAGGACCAUUGACUCUCCCAAGAAGUCCAUCAAUCUGUUCCACUGUCUGAAUGAACUGGGUGAUCAUUCACUAGUGGAGGAAAUACAACAGUAUCUGAACUCUGGAACAGUAAAUAAAGCCAAACUCUCUUCAUCUCAGUGGUCAGCUGUAGUUUUUGUUUUGUUGACAUCAGAGAAGAAGCUGGAUGAGUUUGAUAUUAAUAGAUUUGUUGAAGGAAAUGAUGAAACCAAAAAACUAGAAGUAUUUAAGAAGCUGCUGCCUGUGAUUAAAGAAUCCAGAUCAGUUCGGUUGUAUAAUUGUGGUCUCACAGAUGAAGGUUGUGCUGCUCUGACUUCAGCUCUGAGAUCAAACCCCUCACACCUGAGAGAACUUGAUCUGUCUUGGAAUAAACUAGGAAAUUCAGGAAUCACACUGAUGUCUACUGUACUCAAGGAUUUUCACUGUAAACUGGAGAAACUAGAGUUGAGAAAUUGUGUUGUCACAGAUGAAGGUUGUGCUGCUCUGGCUUCAGUUCUGAGAUCAAACCCUGAACACCUGAAAGAACUGGAUCUGUCUUGGAAUAAAAUAGGAGAUUUGGGCAUGAAGCAUCUCUCUGCUGGACUUAAAGACCCUCACUGUAAACUGGAGAAACUGGAGUUAAGGUGUUGUGGGAUCACAGUUGAAGGUUGUGCUGCUCGGGCUUCAUCUCUGAGAUCAAACCCUGAACACCUGAGAUAUGUGAAUCUGUCUGGGAAUAAACUACAAAAAUCAGAAGUGAAGUGUCUGUCUGAUCUAAAGCAUAAUCCACAUUAUAAACUAGAGAAACUAUACUCUUGACUCUCAGUAUUUAGACAUCAGUCCAGUUUCCUCAGGAUCAGCUGAUGGUGAACAACGAGCUGCUGCAGAGACACACAGAUAAUCAACAGAGACUCAAGACACAGAGACACGCACCAAUCAUACUGUCAUGUGUGUGUGACUACACAUCAGUUUUGUUAUUUUUACAUUUUCUGGACCACUUCUUUUGAAUUACAGAUGUCAUUUGAUGUUCAUCUGAUGAUCAUCAGAUAUCAUUAUAUAUAUAUGUGAUGGUCGUGAAUAAGUGUUGAAAAGCAUCAUCUGCAAUUUGGAGUUUUCUUUAUACUGAUUGUGUAGAUGCUGUAGCAUGCAAUUUACACUACAAGUGACAAAACUAAAAAAACAACAACAACAUUUCAAUCAACAAGUAAUAGACAUGGUGUAAAUAAGAGGUUUAUGGUGGAAUUUCUCUUUUAAAAAACACUUAAAUUAUCUGGUUUCUAUCAAGUUAUUGCAUACUGGAAGUUACUGUUUAAAUAAGUUCACUUAACCUAUUUGGACUAACCAUACUAACUUAUUUAGAAUUAAGCUGAUCUUUUCUAUUUAAUGGAAAAAGGUGCAUAUUUCAUUGUCCAAUAUCUAAUUUUUAUUUAUUUAAAUGUUUUGUCUACCAAGAUGGAGAGUUUUACAGAAGGUAUAGCUUCAAGUAUCAUUAUUCUUCUAAUGAUCAGAAAUUCAAUGUAUCAUAUGACUGUUAUUCACUUUCCAUCAUUAACAACAAAUGGGUGUGAUUCUGCAGCUGAUAAAAUUUUUUUUUUUUUAACUUUUUUUACUUUGACAAAUUAUUGUGAUAGUUGUUAAAACUAUAAUUUUUAAGAUAAUGGAAGAUAUUUUUAUUUCAGGAAAAGUUUACAUUGUAUAAAUGCAUUAUAAAUGUUAACCACUGGUGUCUGUUUCAUUUAAUAGAAGACCCUCCAAUUACCAGAACUAACUUUUGGCUCCUGACUAAAGUUUACUUUCACUUUUAUUUUGGAUGUACAAUAAUUUUUAAAAAAAAAAAAAAAAAAACAUUUCCAGCAGUGUUCAUUUGCUUUUGAGUUCAGUGUUUUGUAUGAGAGUAGAACAGAAUAAAAGCAUGCAAUAAAUAACUAAA